UGGAACUUCUGCAGCGUCACUCACCAGGUCUGCAGGGACGUUGGCUCCCGGCACUGGAAAUAACGUUUCCUGUAGAGGUUCGAGUGGCAAUGACAACUUUACUCUCCUGAGCCCAGGGAGUACACAGGUGCCUCAAAACACACCCACAGAGUCCUUGGACCUGCUUUGGAUAAACCAUGGACAAGGUCAAGAACAGAACAUCAAACAGAGUUGAGCAGGUUCCGGUGGUCGAGGGGGAUGAACACAGGGAAACUGCGCACCCCAGGAAAAUAGAAACGUACAUGAAAACAGUUCCAAGAGCAAUGAAGAAGUUUGCAGAUAUUCCAGAAGAGAAAAUGCCACAUUCGCAAUUCAGUGAUUCCUUGGAGGAGGGGUCAUUUGGUUUGGGCCCUCUAGUUUUCCCUUGUUUACAGCGUUUCAACAACAUUAAUUGCUUCUUGACUGCGUACUUUUUAGGGACCAUGGCUCAUGGUAUGAUAUUUGGUCUUGUUGAUCAGAGUUUAAAAGUGUAUGUGAGUGAAUUGUCUCCGUCAAAGUUAGAGACAUUAACAAUGGGUUCUGGUGAUGACUUGGCUGCUUUCCUUGUAUCAUUGGUUGGUGCACACUUUGGAGGUAGAGGUAACAGGGUAAGAUGGAUGGUAGCUGCCUGCUUUGUAACAGGACUUGCAUCGAUGGUUUUUGCUAUUCCUUUCUUCAAUUAUGAAAUUAUAAAACUGGGCACAGUAACAGAUGAGUUGUGCAUAGAAGGAAAAAAAACAACUAAAGUUUGUGAGCGAACUGUAAUACCGCACAAAUCAACAUGUAUUGCUUUCUUCAACUUCGGGCAGUUUCUCCAUGGAAUAGCAGGCAUGCCAUUUUAUCUGCUUGCUUUCUCCUUUAUUUUUGACCAUGUUCCCACAUGCUCAUCUGGAUUAUACCUAGCUAUUGCAGACACUGCACUAUCGGUGGGAUACGUUUUGGGAUAUCUAGUAGGAAUACGAAAUCGUAUGUUUCCUGUAAAAGAAGAUAUGAAAGCAGUUGGACAUGUUCAGCAAUUUCGCAUAUUGCAGAGGAAUUGGUGGAGGUCUUAUUUUGCUGUUGCUGUAUUUGCAUUUUGUACAACUUUACCACUCUCAUGUUUUCCAUCUCGUCUACGCGGUGCACAGCAGAUAAGACUUGAGAAAAGUAAGGAACCUCCCACCAUUGACAGGAGACUUAAAGAUAAGGAAAUUCAGCCUGGUUUGAAGGGUGUUCUUCAUGCUAUUUGGUGUCUACUGAGGAACCCACUGGUGCUGACCCAGACAUUCUGCCAAGUCACAAAGUCUCUGACUCUUAAGUCAUCUGGAUAUUUUCUACCCAAAUUUUUACAAAGUCACUUUUUAAUAGUACCAACAAAUGCCUCUAUCCUCACAGGAAUGUUUGUCCUUCCAGGAGCUUUAAUUGGCCGUUUUCUUGGAGGCUAUAUUGUUGACAGAUUGCAAAUGUCUACUAAAGUUGUGUUGAAAUUUAUGAUGGUGUCAUCAUUUAUAUCAGUUGUACUUUUCCUAUUAACCUUUUUUUGGUCGUGUGAAACAGCAGGCUUUGCUGGAAUCAAUGAUGAUUAUGAUGGCCUUGGCAAACUUGGAAACUUCACAGCUCCGUGCAAUGAGUACUGUGGUUGCACGAUGACUGACUAUAGUACUAUAUGUGGAAGAGAUGAGAAACAAUAUUUUUCUGCCUGCUUUGCAGGCUGCAGAGCUUCAAAACCGCUAAGGAAGGAAAAGGCAUACUACAAUUGUUCUUGCAUUAAAGAAGGAUUGACAGCUCCUGAUGACGAUGGUCAAUUUUUUGAUGCUGUUUCUGGAACAUGUAAUACCAAAUGCCUUACAUUACCUUUGCUUUUUGCCUUUUACUUUGCUGCCACAGUUUUUUCUAAUUUUUGUAGUGUACCAUCCUUCAUGAUUGUGUUGAAAAGUGUACCUGCCAGUUGGAAUUCAAUGAGUCUGGGUGUGACAUAUACAAUUUGGAGAUUCCUUGGCUCUGUUCCUGACCAUCUACUUUUUGAAUCAACAUCAGAUUAUACUUGUAAUUUCUGGGACAUUAAUUCAUGUGGGGAAAAAGGACGGUGUUGGAUCUAUAAUAAGAAAAAUUUGCUCUUCACAUUUCAGUCAACAUCAGAUAAACAUAUUGAAGACAUCAAACUGAAUAAAGGGAUUUGUGACAUCAGUGCAAGAUCGCAACAAGGGAUUAGCAUGCAAAUAUCAACAGGCCUGCUUUGUCUUUAUGGGAUUUAUCGACAUGAUUAUGUGGUAAAGGAAAAGAAUAAAAGUUUGCCUAUACAUGUAAAGGAUGAAAAAGAAAAAGAAAAAAAAAGCUUGAUUUCUAACUGAUUUCUCCAUUGGAGUACCUGUAGAAUCCAGGAAACUAAGGGAUCAUUGUUGGAGAGAGAUUAAAAAAAGACCUUAAAGGAGCAUCUGGUGGUUUGAAUAUUCGUGGCCCAGAGAGUGACACUAUUUGAAGAUGUGGCCUUGUUGGAUUAGGUUUGGCCUUGAUGGAGGUAAUAUGUCACAGUAAGCAUGGGCUUUAAGACCCUCCUCCUAGCUGCCUGGAACCCAAUCUUCUUCAGUAUGUCUCUGAGCAAGAUGUUGAACUCUGACCUCCUUCUGUGUCAUGUGCCUGGGUGUGGACAAACUCUGGCCUUGAUAAUAAUGGACCGAAACUCUUACCGUGUAAGUCAGCUGCAAAACAAUGUUGUCCUUUUAAGAGUUGUUCUU